AUGCGACAACCGUUGCCUAAGGAAAUAUACUACCAGCAGCUUCACGCACGGUUCCGAGCCAAGCCCGGCUACGAAGAGGAGCGCGGUACAACCUUCAGCGUCCAAAGCUUCUACAUCACGGUCGUCGCCGGAUUCGAUGAGAUUCCUCAACGCGGGCUCAUCAGCCUUCUUCGCGGUGGUCCACCACGGGGUUUCGUACUCAGCGAUGAUGUCUUUGGCUAUGAAGUCUGCAGGAACCCAAGACGGCUCGUGGCCGUCUUUCCACUUGAUGAGGUACUCCAUUCCGGCGACAGCGUCAAGGUCUCUACUGCCGAUAAUGCCUUUGACUUCACUAUAGGACUCGUCUUCAGUGUCUUUGGAAGUUGCUUGUUGUUGGUUUUGGAGUGCGGCGGUGACAACAUGCAAGGAAAGGUUUUGCCUUUAGAGUGCGUGUUUACCUUUGACUUAUUUUUUUUUUUUGUUUUGCAGAAAGGGUUUUCCUUUGCUCACUGUACAACAUGCAAGGCUUCUUACCAUUUGUUUGUUCAUGUUGCUGCUGAUAGGAAAUGGCGUACCCUGAAAUUUCGGUUUUUUGUCACCAGAGACAUUUUGUUUAUUUUUCUGUUUGUCCAGCUUGUCAUUGCAUAACUAGCAUAUUUGGUUUAUCUAAUUGAUGGUUACCAACAAUAUUGGCUUCGUCUUCUCUGGGGUUUUGAUAGUGAA